CUUUCCUCAAUACUGUAUCUUUUUCUCUUCUUCUUGCCUUAGACAUUGUUCGAAGAAACCGCUUUCAUACCCACAGUGGCCGAAAAUGGCAAAGGGAAUUGUGGGUAACGGCACCAUUGGCGGCAAUGGAGGUAAUCACUUCUGGGAGACAAAGUAUGACAAAGGCGCCAUGGUGGAAGAGAUAAUUGUUUGGAAAGAAGGCAAUAUUUUGCGUGGAUUGAAGUUGAGCUGGACAGAUGGAUCAGACUCAACCAUGAUUGGCAAAAGCUCAGGAAGCUCCCAAAGCUUUACAUUUAAGGUCAAAGAGAAAUGCACUGAAAUGGUUCUUCGCGGCAAUGGCAUUGGUACCCGAUGUGGCCACAUUGAAUUCAAAACAGACCAGGGAAAUUCUUUUUCCUGGGGCGAUGGUGGCUCCGACAACUACUAUAUGGAUGUUGGAUCAGGAUUUCUCGUUGGGUUUCAAGGACGGGCAAAUCUCGACAUUGAUUCCCUAGGCCCGCUGUUUCUGAAGCCUCUGAAGUCGGUUCACUCAGAGGUCGAUUACGGCGACUUCCCAAAUGGAGCCCCUGACCCGACUCAUAUCACACUUGACACCCAAGACUUUGAUGGCAAUCAUGAAUACGAGUGGGAUUUUCACGGCAGCAAAACAAAGACUACCACAAGCACUUGGAGCCAGACUCUGGCCUCCAGCUUUGACCUCCAGGUUAAAGUCAAGGCAGGUGUACCAGAAUUGGCGGAAGUGGAAAGUACUAUCAAGUGGGGUUUAUCAGCCUCAAGCACCCAUUCGCAAGCGGAGCAGGACUCUAGUGAAAUUGGCUGGGACGUACAUAGUACAGUGAGCCCCGGCCAAACAGUCCAUUGUGAGGCAUACUGUUUCCAAGGUACCUCGGAUGUUGACUAUACCUCCACUGUUACCGUCACGUUCCAAAGUGGCGAGACCCUUCAAUUCAAAGAGUCGGGGACCUUCUCGGGAGUCACAUACUCGGAGGCUAAAACCACCGUCAACUAUACACCACCAUAGUCCACUCUGUUACAAGCUGCCUGCAUUAUCUCCAGUCUAUUGCUGUUCGUCGGUUCCCCUCCGCAACCUGAUACCUGAUCUGUGUACUCUUGGAAUACCUGGAAUUGGGUUUUCCCCUCAUCUUUUUUUAGAGGUUUUUCCCAAUGAUCUAAUGUGAAUGAACAGGUAUCAUACAGUGGCUCGCUAUAACCCUUAUGAUUAAGUAUUAUGUGAC